AGGGGAGAACAGAACACAACGGGAUCGAGAAUGAGAAUAGUUCUGGCCGUCUUCGCGACGGUUGCCGCGGCAAGGGCUGAAAUCUCAUACCAAGGUGGGCUAGUGGUGAAGGAAGGGCCUUUGUCGUACAGUGAGAAAUACAACCCUGGGCCACAAUACAACCAGGUGGGACCCCCGUGCCCUGGGAAAUACCGCCAAGAUGUCCAAACAUUCAACAGCUUUUUGAACAGUCCCGAUGCUGGCCAAACAUUCGUCAGCUCGCUGAACAGUGAAGAUCCUGGCCAAAUAUUUGUCAGCUCGUUGAACAGUGAAGAUCCUGGCCAAACAUUUGUCAGCUCGUUGAACAGUCCCGAUGUUGGACAGGUCUUCCUCAACCAUCCACCAUCGUGCUCAUGUGGAUGCCAAAGCCCCGUAGGUUUCCAGAGGGUGGGACCUCCUCAACUUAGUGGACCUCCUCAACUUAGUGGACCUCCUCAACUUAGUGGACCUCCUCAAUAUUCUGGACCUCCUCAAUAUUCUGGACCUCCUAAGUAUUCUGGACCUCCUCAACUUUAUGGACCUCCUCAACCUGGACCACAGCCACUGUACGCUCCAAACUACGGACCAUCAUUUCCUGCCAGUCCUCCAGCUCGACCAUCUCCAGAUUGCAUCGACAAGCCGUCUCCCAUCAUGAAGAUACCCAGAAGAUCAGAUUCUUCAAUCACUAUAACUGUCAACCCUCCAGAGUCAAAUUCAGUUUAUCCUCGUCCUCCUGCUCUACAACCUCGUCCUGUCUUCUACGCUCGUCCUCCACCUCUGCUCACUUCAUGUCCUGCGGUGUUCUAUCCUGCUCCAGCCUUCCCUGUGUACCCUCCAUUCACGUGUCCUGCCCGUCCUUAUCCUCCUAAUGUCAAUCCACCUCCACCACAGAAAAUCCCCACCACAACAGGUCCUAAGGGUGGAGAAAAGACGUUUGCCGGUUUCUCUUCCUCCAUCCCAGGCGGUACAUGUUUCAACGUGACAACAACCCCGGAGAAACGGGAUCCUCUUCUUCCCUUCAAGCUGUUGAGCGCCGCUGCCUCCAAGAAUCGCCCGACAACUCCAAGUCCAAGUCUUCAAGCGGAUGCGCCUAGCAGCGAUUGCUCGAUGCCCAUUCCUCCGAACAUUCUGUAA